AAUCUGUACAUUCUCAUUUUUGAGUUUGGGAGGGGUGUAAUGCGUGUGUAUUUCCUAAUUCCGGAUUUAUGUACUGUAGUUUAUUAUAUUGUUUUAUCAGUGAUUACGCAGUGUUAUUACGAAAAUGCUCACAUGAAAAACUAUAAAAUUAUAAUGUAACUUAAGUGACUUAGUUUCUAUCUUUUCUAUGGGCGUUGAUAAUCAUGCAAAAUGGCCAACGAUUGGUGGUCAUGUACCUGUUGUUCUGAGGCUCUGACCUGCUGGCUUCGUCUCAAAUUAUCACCAGAAGAAAUAGAACAGAGAUACAGAAGUAAAGAGAUCGACAGAAUAUUGGAGAAGGACAAACAGACAUUGCGGCGGCAGGUUAAAUUGUUGCUAUUAGGGGCGGGUGAAAGCGGAAAGUCAACAUUCCUGAAACAGAUGAGGAUAAUACACAAGGUGAAGUUUGAGCCAGAACUUGUGCGGGAGUAUCAGCACGUAAUAUAUCAAAAUAUUGUGAAAGGUAUACAAGUUUUGGUAGACGCAAGGGAUAAGCUUGCUAUACCGUGGGAAAAUCCUAGGAAUUUGGACGUGGGGCAGCAGGCUUUACAUUUCAAUAGUACAUCAUCGUUGGACAGCAGACUUUUCAUGCAUUAUGCGCCGCAUAUUCACUCCCUGUGGUUGGACAGAGCCAUUAAAAGGGCAUACGACAGGCGAAGAGAAUUUCAAUUGAGCGACUCAGUGAGCUACUUCUUCGAUGACCUAGAACGCAUAGCUCGGCCCGACUAUGUGCCCUCCCAUCAAGACAUCCUACAUUGCCGGAAAGCCACGAAAGGCAUCUCGGAAUGUACAAUCAACAUUAACAACGUACCCUUUGUAUUCGUGGACGUGGGAGGGCAGAGGACGCAGCGGCAAAAGUGGACUCAGUGUUUCGACUCUGUCACCUCAAUAUUGUUUCUGGUGUCAUCCUCGGAGUUCGACCAAGUGUUGUCAGAAGACAGAAAAACGAAUCGUCUCGAAGAAGCGUUGAACAUCUUCGACACAAUUGUGAACAACGUGAACUUCAAGGGCAUCUCUGUGAUCCUGUUCCUGAACAAGUCUGAUCUGCUCGCGAAGAAGGUCGCCAGCAAGGAGACGGACAUACGCUGGUACUAUCCGCAGUUCGCGGGCGACCCGCACAACUUGCGGGACGUGCAGAUGUUCCUGCUAAACAUGUUCGCCAACGUCCGGAGGGAACCAAAGACAACCCUCUACCACCACUUCACCACGGCCAUAGACACGCACAACAUUGAGGUGGUCUUCAACUCAGUCAAAGACACGAUCCUCAAUCGUAACCUAGAAUCUCUUAUGCUGCAGUGACGAAUGCGGCGGCGUUACUCCUAUUUUCAUUUCCAUGAGAUUUUUAUUGGUAUAGUGAAAUUGUGAUAGCUGGUGGCAAUACUAUGUUACGCACUAUGUUGCCUGCACGUGUAUUUAAGAUAGUCCACUCCGAUACUCCACUGUAUUGUCAAAACAGCAUAAUAGUAAAAGCUAAUUUGAAAAGACAAGUUAUGUAUAGUGAAGGUCGGCAGUUUUGUAGUAAACGUUUGUAACGCGAGGACGUAUUUAUUAACCAAAUGCAAAUGUUUGGUGUAUUGUGUAUAGAUUAUCAUAUUGUAAUGAUAAAAUUUGUAUAUCAGUAUAUUUAUGACCAAAAAGUUAGAUUUUGCACGUGAAAUGUAAUGUUAUUAUGAUCACUUUUGGACAAUUUUACGUAUAUAUCUACGCGUGUAGUCGUAUAUAUAUAUAUACGCACAGGGGGCUAGAAUAUUGUAAUGUAAUACAUUUAUAAUGAUGAAAUGAUUUGUUGUUCGUUGUGUGUAUGCAGUGAGUAUAUGGUAAUCGAGGACGGGUCACUUGAGUUGUAUAUAUCGUGAUAAGUACAUACAUCUGUCAGAAAUAUAAUAAAAAUCUUCAUUAUAACUCCGCCACAUUAUAUAUACUCACUCUGUAUACAUGUUUGACUGUUUUGUAUACAAUUCAUAACCCAUAUAGCAAAUUAUAGUCUAAACUUAGUAUCGAUUGAAUAAUAAAAUUUCCAGUAAAUAUAUAAAA